AUGCCGGUCACCGAAAUCGAGAGCAAAGUAAGUUUUUUUAUUAUGUUUUGGGUAGGAUGAUGUCUUAAAUUUGGGACUGUAAACAAAGUUUUCGCGGUUGAAAUAAUUUUUUGGUUAAUUUUUGUCCGAUCUGGCAAGUUAAGCAACGGUGCAGUUGAUUAGCCAAGGGUUCGAAUCCGCUUGGCGGCAAGUCACAAAAAUAAGGCUGUAAAGAAAGUUUUUGUCAAUUUUUUAAAAUUUUGAAGACUAAUUAAGAUAUAACAUGUUAUUAGCUUCAUUUGGAUGGAUUUUCAAAAAGUUACAAUAAAAAUUACAGUAGUUAUGAAUCAAAAAUGUCAACCGAGUUCGCAUCCGCUUGGAUGCAAGAGACAAAAAAAAACGCUGUAAAGAAAGUUUUUUUGCAAGUUUUGUAAAAUGUUUUCUGAUGAUGUAAAUUUGGCAUGUUCUUGGCUGUACUACCGCAAAUUUUUAAAAAAUUACGUUAAGAAUUACAGUAGUUAUGAAUUUUCAAAGUAAGCCGAGUUCAAGUCCGCCUGUGUGCAAAUGACAAAAAUGAGGAUGUAAAGAAAGUUUUUGCUAAUUUUUUACAAGUUUGAUUUUAAAUUAAAUCUUGGCAUAUUGUUAGCUAUGUUCAAACACAAAUUGAAGAAAUUACAGUAUGAACUACGGUAGUUAUAAAUUUUCAAAAUCAGACGGGUUCGAAUCCGCUUGGGUGCAAAUGACAAAAAUGAGGCUGUAAAGAAAGUUUUUGCAAUUUUCAUAACAUCUAAAAAAUUUUAUACUUUCAGAAACAACUCCAAGAGAUUCUGGAAGAAGCCGGAGACAAAUUAGUCGUGGUCAAGUUCUUUGCUACGUGGUGUGGACCGUGUAGAAUGAUGGCUCCCAAGUUCUUGGUAAGUGUUUGGACUUUGAUCUUUUUGUUCAAGCAAUGACAAGCCUUAUAUAUAUCAUAUGAAAUUGGCAUUACAUUUUCAGAAGUUGUCAAAUGAGAACGAAAACGUGGUUUGCGUGGAGGUCGAUGUCGAUGAGCAGGUUGGUAUAUUAUAGUAGGGUAUGGUAGGGUAGGGUUGGGUAUUGUACUACUUAUGACAUUUUAGGAAGAAUUGGUUCAAGAAUACGAUGUGAACGUCAUGCCGACGUUUGUUUUUGUCAAGAAGGGUCAGGAAAAUGUAAGUUUUAAAAAAAAUUUCAAAACAAUUUUAAAUUAAAAAAAAUUUUUUAAAUUUCGAAAAAAAAAUUUUAAAAGUUAAAAAAUUUUUUAUUUUUUAAGAUUUUGAUAUUUCAGUUCAUCUUAGAAGGCAACAACUUUGAAGAGCUAAAGAAAAACCUACAAGAGCGUUCAUAG